AUGAAAUCGAAAAGAGGCGCUUUUGCCAAUUCCGCCACCGGUUAUAGUAAACGCCAUAAUUCUCAUACAAAUAAAUCUAAUAAUAAAUCCUCAAAAUCACCAGAAUCUACUGCAGCUGAGAAGAAAUGCAAAAAUGCUGAGAAGGCAGCAGAGAAACCGAUUGUGGAGGAUCCAGAUACUGAUUUGAAUUCAGGUUUUGGUGAUUACUUGAGAUCAAAUGAGGGUGUUGAAAUGAUGAAAAUCUUUAUAUUCGCCAAUACAGUUAUGGUGAUUGUUACAAUGGCCUGGCCUCAUGUCAAAAUGCAAUAUUUUUGGUUUAUGGAAUGGUUGGAAUCCUAUCAACAAGAAUCAUACUAA